AUUAACAAUUCAAAAAAUAGUUACGACGUCGUAUGCUCACUCUUAAAACCCUGAACUAAAAAUGGAGCUUUACGACGUCGUAUGGUGAAAGGGCUUUUCUUCCAACUAGGGUUUUAUGGUAGGGUGUGGAGGGAAAACAGAAGAAAAAAGGCUGCUUUUUUCAGUAAGUUCAGUUAUGGAGUGAAGUUUUGCGAUCGCUAUCUCUCAGUUUCAAUGAGAAUCAAAAAUCAAUUCAAUUUGAAAUAAAAAUUGUUUGUGCAUUGCUAAUCUCAUGCAAUCUGAAUAAACCCUAAAAAACCACUCGCCGUAACAGUUAUAAUCACUCUGUUACAACUAAAAUCCCAUCCGCCACGUUAUCACAGGCAACCAACCACUCAGGCCGACAACAACCACCUCCGCGGCGGCGGCGAUUUAACGAACCAAGAGUGCCGGCAGAAGAGCUUCUUCAACGGAUUGCCCACAAGCCGAGGCGGCGGCGUUUCUCAAUCAAAUUGGGUUGCCGACAAAAGGGAUUUCUGUGUCUAGGUUAGCAACCGGCAUAGACGUGAAACCAUUCGAACGAGCUUGAUGUCUGUAAAUUUGGUUCUAAAAUAUAUAUAGAUGGGAUAUUAUAGUGUUUUGUUAUAAAAGGGCGAUUCUGAAAAGAUAAUUCUUGCAUGUAAUGUAUUCUUGCACCCACUAUUUAUCACCCCUGAGAAAAAGAUUGUUUUCUCUCUCGCACUCAGUGACAGUUUCCACUUCUUGUUCCGCUGCCCAACAUGCCGACUUUUCGUCAGACGAUAAUGCAGUACCGGAGUUGUGUACUUACAGUGAGCUGCGGCAGAGAAUGCAGAAUCAUGCGACCUCAGGUAGCAUUAAAAAAGCCCUUGAGACUUUGUAUUUCAUGAGGAAUAAUGUUUUGGGGAAGCCUACUGUUUACGACUACAAUUCGAUGAUUAGGUGUUACUUCAAGUCGGAAAAUGUGGCGAUCGAUGAGUUGUUUGAGGUUUAUAAUCGGAUGAAAAGAUUCGGCCCAACCCCAAAUUUGUUGACUUAUAUGACACUCUUGAAUGGGACACUUUCCGUUGGUCGGUUUAAGGAUGCGAUUUGGAUUACAGAUGAAAUGAUGAAGAACGAGUUUUUGCCUUCCUAUUCGAUUCUGUCGAAAUUGUUCAAGAAGGUUUUGAAAGCAGGAAGUGUAGUGGAUGCCGCUGAUGUGUUUGAUAUUAUGCUGAGUUCUAACUUCACUCCGAGUCAAUGUGAUGUAAGCACCUUGAUCCAAGGUCUUUGUAAAGUUGGGAUGGUUCAAAAGGCGUACUCUGUUUUUGCAGCACUUUCAGGGAGGGGAUUCUUUUGCACAGGGUGUAUUUACAAUCCGAUACUAUGGGCGUUAUGUAAGUCGGAGCAGAUUUAUGCUGCAUUGGCAUUUUUCGGUUUGUUAGAAAAGAUGGGUUUUGUGCGCUCUGCUUACUCAUAUACUGCUUUGUUAUACGGUUUUAGUAAGGAAAGGCUAUGGGUCGAGGCUUUUCGUUGUUUAGGUGAGAUGGAAAAAGUUGGUUGUAAGCCUAGUCGGAUUGCUUAUACUAUAUAUGUUAAGGCUCUUUGCGAUUACGGGAAUGUUGAUGAGGCUCUAAGCCAUUUGGGAAAGAUGGAAGAGAAAGGAUGCGAUCCUGACUUAGUUACGUAUAAUAUUUUUCUCCGUGCACUUUCUAUUCAUGGUAGGAUACAAGAGGCAUGUGAUCUUGUUAAAGUUAUCUAUCAAAAGGGGCUAUUGCCCGAUAUGUACACUUAUGCCGCAUUGGCUGGAGGCAUGUUGAAAGGGGGCAAUUUGGAGAGUUCCAAUGAGCUAUUGCUCGAUUUUAUUUCGAGGGGCCGCUCUCUAGAUGAUGUCGUUUACAACAUAUAUUUGCAUUCGAAAUGCUGCAGUGGUAAUUCCAGUGAAGCUUUGUCCUUGAUGCAGAGUAUGCUGGAGCAAGAUUUUAGUCCUACUACUGUAUCGUAUAGCACUAUUCUUAGUGGUAAUUGCAGUGGAAAUUUGUCCGUGAUGCAGAGUAUGAUGAAGCAUGGUUUUAGACCUACUAGUGUAUCGUAUAACAUGGUUCUUAAAGGACUGUGCAAAGAGAAAAACAUGGAUGCAGCACUAGAGUUAUUGAACAUUGCCAGGUGGCCUUACAUCGGGCCUGAUUUGGUUUCCUUCAAUACGAUUCUUUCGGCUGCGUGUGAACUUGGAGAUUGGUCCGUUAUUGGGCAGAUUUGGGGGCGGAUGAAGGAAUAUGAAGGAACUAAAUUCGAUAUUGUGAGUUUCACUUGUCUAAUUCAGUAUUUUUCAACAAUCGGGAAAUUCCCGGGUUGCUUGAAGCUUUUGGAAUCCAUGAUGAAUAGUGGUCUUCAACCUAAUACAAUCACUUUAAACUCCUUCCUUGCUGGCAUCUGCAAGUAUCGACAACUUGCAAAUGCGCUGGAAAUUUUCAAGUAUUUCAAAAGUAUCAGGGUUCCACCUAAUACAACCACGUACAAUAUUCUAAUCCGUGCUUCCAUAACGAAAGGCAAAGAUUCGCUUGUAUAUGAGCUCUCUAAGGAUAUGUAUAACCACAAACUUAAGCCAGAUAUCGGCACCCACGGUUGCUCCAUUUAUAGCCUUUGUAAAGAAGGCAAUAUAUUGGGUGCCCUUGACUAUCGAGACCAAAUGCGAAAAGACGGGAUUUCUCCUGAUAUUUAUAUUUAUAACACGAUAAUGAACGCGAUGUUCAAGAGAGGAAUGGUUUCGAAAGUCAAGUUUCUGUUUAAAGACAUGGAGAAUAAUGGAUGCGAGCCCAAUGAAGGUACUUUGCUCAUAUUUAGUGAAGCGAAGAUAAAUAGUUCGAUGAAAUGUUUUCCUAGAGAUGUACAAAAAUAGAGUUUAUCAUCCAUGAUAGCUUGUUAUAUAGAUAGAGAAUGCACAAUGAUUUGAUGAAGUUGUACCCGAUGACAUUUCUCUUCAUCAUGAAGAUUGAAGCCUCCAGAUGCGCCUCGUUUUGGUUGAAACUGCCAGUUAGUGCAGACCGCAACAGGUAAUAAAUCGUCUUUUGCUGCUAUUUUUGUUUUUUCCAUUGUUUAGGUGUUGUUUUCUAAUUUUUUGAUAUGCCACAGACCUGAUGAGUCUGUGAAUUGGAUUUAAUUGCGUGUACACGCAUUGAGUUUAUGCUCGCAUUAUAACUCGUGUGGUUCUGUUUGUGUGCUUGCAGGAAAUUUUCUUACAAAGUUGGCAGUUAGUUGGAUUGUUUGCUGAAAUAUCUUCAAAAGCUUCUUGAGGAUUUGUUAACAACUUAUUACUGAAUCCUAGCUCUGAAAAACAACAAUAAAGAUCAAUUGAAAAGAUCGAGAUGAACAGACAACAACAUGGGGGGGUGUUCUUGCAUCAAUCAGGCGGUCACUUGUACUCCUGAGUCGUACGUUUCUCCGGGUUUCCAUUUUUCAGGGUAAUGAGCAGCUCUCGAAUGGAUGAAACAAUCGAUGCACGUAUCAGCGCUUGUGAGACUUCCAAAGAGGAGAAAAGUUGCUACGAAAGUAUCGAGGAAAAAUCGGAGACGAGUCAUUUUACGAAAGAAGAUGAGUUUGUAUGCAUGAACUGGCUUGUACGUUCCUGUAUUUAUAGCGGGAAAAAAAAAACGGGAAUUGGAUAAGACUUCGGACUUUGACAUUUGACAGAUGCAUGCAUGAAGGAAAAGAAUCGUGCUACAGUCUUUAUCUCCUCGAGUUUGAAGACUUGUUUCGGAAUGUCGAAAUCGUUGACCGUAUUCACAAAUAAUCUUUUUUUUCUUUUAUUAAGAUAGCCAAGUUAGACUGAAUGCAGAGAUUCUGACGAAAUUUUCCCAAGUGUUUGAACAUUUUGGAAUGUAAGAAUUUUCUGCUG